AUGGGCUCUCAAAGACCAUUGCAAGAAAUAGAAGAGCAGAUAUUAUUCCCAAAACGAAACUUGUUCUAUUUCAAACAUAUGGUAAAUGUCCACGCCAUUCCUGAGCAGACGAUCGAUCGUCUUUCACGAAUGAGAGCAUAUUCAGCUAUGGCGUUCGGAUCAAAAAUCGGGUUCGUCUAUGGCGUGUACAGAGAGUUUGUCUAUGGCAAAGAAACAGUGAAGGAAGUUGUUCAGAAGAGGAAGAUUGCCACGUUUGCUAAACCUGUUGGGUGGAUUAUAGCUGGAGCGGCCCUCGGUGGUUGGUAUUACCUGUGUACAGAGAACAUCGCGCGGUUCCGAGGCAAGCAGGACUAUCUCAACAACUUCUUUGCUGGUUACGGCAUGGCAGCUCCUUUUGCAGUACUUCGUCGCAGUCCUCAGAUGCUCGUAGUUGCGGGCACACUUUGGGGCGUCUUCUUUGCUUUGGCCCGAAGUAGCAUUGACAUAGACGGGUUAAAAUACUUCAACCGCAAGGGCUAUGUCACUCCCCCACAGUACCCGGAGGCCUUCGUCUUGUUUGAAGGUAUGAUGGCAGAAGAUGAGGACAAGGAACGGAAGAGGAUGCUGGCUAUCGAAGAGUGGAGGCGAAAUAAUGCUGGCCAGGCCGCAUGAUCUGGGAUAAUAGCUGCACUCACAGUUGUCAUAUUAGGAUACUGAUGUUUGAGGCUUGUUUUGCUCUCGGGUAACAUUUAAAGUUAAAAAUAAGUGGAGAAAGGAACAACAUGUAUUUAGAAGAGUUGAGGUUUGAUUGUUGGAAGUCAAUGAUGAAAAUAAAGGAUCUUUUAUCCAUUUUGUAGAUAAAAUACAUAUAAUAAAUGUUUCUGGUGUUUCAGAA